AUGAAGACCGCUCUUGCUCUCGGUGCUCUUGCAGCCCUUUGCCAGUCAGUUCUGGCUCUCACAGAGGGAACUUAUACCAUCGGAGCGGCUUCCCUACUAGCCGAUGAAGUCCUGGGUGACGAGGGCGAAGUCGGGGUCCCUUUGACGUUCUCUUUCGCAAACGGCAGCCCUUUCCAAAAGUGGUCGUUCGCCACCAAAGGCAGUGAGCGCGAGUUCGCGAUCCAGAACGCCAGUGGUGGCUACAUCAACUGCGGUGUUGAGCUGGGCACUCCCUGCGUUUCCGGAACCGAAGAACAGGUUUACAUUGUCGAGGAAAUCCAGGGGAAUGGCUAUGAACUCGUAUCGAAGCAGACUGGAUACUUCUUGCGCACUGUCAAAGGAGCCCUGCAACUUGCGGAAUACAACAACAACUCCGACGAGAAAUUCAUCCUGACCCCGGCUUAA